AUGGCAUUCAAUUUAUUAUCAAAUAUUACAGUAGAUGAAUUAAGAAAUUCACCAAAAUCUAAAGAUAUGAUUACUGUUAGAAAUACAGAUUCAAUUCCAACAGUAUUUAAAACAUUAUCAAAGAAUGGAAUUUUAUCAGUGCCAGUAUUAAAUGAACAAAAUAGACCAAUUGGACUUGUAGAUUAUGUUGAUAUUGUUAAUUGUGUUGUUCAAAUUAUAAAUCAUACAGAUUUAUUAGGUAAUGAUUAUUAUUCAUUCUUGGAAAGGGAAGAUUUAUUCAAUCACACAUAUGCAUCCUAUGUAACGGAUCUAUCACAACGUAAUCCUUUCAUACCAGUUGUAAAAGGUGCAUCAUUAUUAGAAGCAAUCACUGUUAUGACCAAGAAUCAAAUUAAUAGAGUACCAGUAAUUGAAAACAAUGUUAAUGGUGAAGGUGCUCAAAUCGUUAAUCUAAUCACUCAAUCUGCCAUCCUCUCUUAUCUUGGAAAAAACAUUGAACAACUUGGUAAAUGGUCUUUAAAAUCAAUUAAAGAUUUAGGUUUUAAAGAAAAAAAAGUAAUUUCAAUUGAUUUCAAUAAAAGAGCUUUAGAAGCUUUUGAAUUAAUGGCAAAUAAUAAAGUAAAUGGUAUUGCAGUAAAUGAUGAAAAAGGACAUAUUAUUGCAAAUAUUAGUGCAAGAGAUUUAAAAGAAUUGUUAAAUGAAACUAGAGUAUUUGAAAAUUUAUACCUUUCAGUUGGUGAAUUCAUUUCAAAAGUUCGUCAACAAGAUUACAAAGCUGUUAAUCCUUCAAUUUCUUGUCAUAUGAAUGAUUCUUUGGCUAAUAUUAUCACAAGAAUGGUUGCUGCUAAUAUUCAUCGUGUCUACAUUAUAGAUGAAGAAAGAAAACCAAUUGGUGUUAUUAGCAUUCAUGAUAUCUUAAACAUAAUUUUAGAGAAUAUUAACAAUAAUGUUCCUCCAACAAAUAAACCAAUGCAAUAA